AGCACUGGGGUUUAAAAAGACGCCUCAGUGUGGGCUCUCAGAACAGACGAGUCCUGCACAGGACAGAACGCACCGCUGCCGCUGCCUGGGGUACGACACAACUCAAGAGCAAACAAACAAACAAACAAACAAACAGGCAUCAUCAGAAAGAUACGAAGGAGACACGGCGCUUAAACUCCGGAUAUAAAGCUGAAAACUUCUAUUAAAGUUGAUUUUUAUUUAUUUAUUUACAACUGUUCUUUUUACGGAUGGCCUCCUCAUUUUCCCGCUUUUUUGCGCUCUUCAUCCUAAUCGCCAUGGUGACAGAGGUAAUAAGCCGACCAUCAUCAAGAAGACCAGACUCUCAGAUUCUACAGGGUCUGUUUGGAUCAGACAUCAGUUCCCUCUUAUUGUCCCAGCCGGAGGUUCCAGAAGGCUCAGCUCAAAGCCCUGCUGUGUUCAAGAUUGAAGGGCGUGGCCUAUCCGGACACUUAGUUAAGGAAGAACCUAUCCGUCUUGUGCACCGCCCCUUCAUUGACUUCCUGGCGAGGCAGAGGAAGUUGCGGGUGCGGAGCAGGAAGGGAUCUGCACGCGGCUGCUUUGGGAUUAAAGUAGACCGUAUUGGAGCGCUGAGCGGACUGGGCUGUUGACUCGGGUAAAUCGACAAAUCACAGCCCGUCACAUUCCACACCGGCCAAUGAGCUGUCAGAUACGGAUUCUAAGUUUGGGGCAGUAUGAACUAGCCGAUGAGGAAGGAGUGGUUAGUGAGAGAUGUGACUGUGGAGGAGGACGAAGGCUGAUUCUACAUCAGACAAAAAAACUUUGACUGAACUGAGACACUGAUCUGUGAUCAGUGAACCUGACCCGCCCUGACCUCCUACUCCAGGGCUCAGUGUGUGUGUGUGUGUGUGUGUGUGUGUGUGUGUUAAUAGUUCUUUUAGAAGACAAAAUGUCUCCAUGUUGAUAUUAAAUUACAAGUUUUAUCUUCUGGAAUGUUCAGUUUAUUUUAAAAAAUGACAAACCAAAAGAUUUCCUUUUGGGUACUGAGGUUAGCAGUAGCAUUGGUUAGCAGUAAUACCAAACAAUCAAGUCCUCACAAAGGUAAUGCAACCAGCAAUGUGUGUGUGUGUAUGUGUGUGUGUGUGUGUGUUUAAAGAACAGAUGAUGUACAUCUGUGAUAAUGAUGAUGAUGAUGAUGAUGUAACUUUUUUGUGAAAUUGAAGAUGAAUUGAAAACUGCUUUGUGUCUGUGUUGUGGGUGCCAUUAUUUGUAUUGUAUUUUAGUGUAUUUUACUUACAGAUUAUGAUGUAGGAUAUUUAUUUGCACUCGUGAUAUCCCAUAAUGCCCUGCAACAGGUGACACAUCUUCAACAGAAGUGACAUCAUAAUAUACUGAAAUGAUGAAAUGCAUGAAAUGUAAUUAAUAUUAAUUCUGUGAGUAUAAACACAGUGCUGGUCAAACACUUGGCCACACCUACUUCAACUUGUUUUAUUUAUUUGUAAUUUCCGAUGUUGUAGAACGUUACUGAAGAUCUUAAAGCCAUGCAGUGAAACUAUAAUGAUGUAAUGAGGUAAGGAGACGCAGCCGGCCAUCAUUACUUUAAGAUGCUAAGCUCAGCUGCAGGAGCUCAGAAUGUCCAUGAUCUCCAGGUGCAGAUGCUCUGAGGAACACAAGUUUCAACCCCAGCUCCUCAGAUAAGAACGUAGAGGAAUGCCUCAGAGAGCUCUGAUAUUAUAUUAUACUCUUCAUGUACAUUUAUCUGUAAUUUGAUAUGCUAUUGACUACAUUAAUAUUCUUAAUUAUUCUAUUAUGUCAUCUAGCAAUAUCAUGUGACAUUGUGAUUGUUAUCUGGAUAGCUGAUUGCACUCUGACCCUCACCACACUGCCCCAUGAAAAGCACACACAUCCCUUUGCUAAGCACACACCCUAAUCUGCUGUAAAUUGAACACUCAUUAACAUUAGGGUUAACUAAUCCAUCCAUCAAUUUAUUCAUUUAUUUAGCACUGGAACAUAAUAGCUGUACGGGAAUCCAGAUGUAACACUAUUCAGUACAGAAUGAUAGCACUUAAUAUUAUAACAAUUACAGUUACAUAUAAUAAAACUUACAUAUAAUUACAUAUAAUAAAACUGUA